UUCGGAUUGGGUUCCUUUCCUUUGUCGACUUCCAAAAAUCAUCAACAAAAAACCUACACCCCCCUCACACUUCAACUCCUCUUUUCCUCUAUUUCUCUCUCCUACCCUUCCAAGAGAGAGAAAAAUUAAGGGAUUAUCUUCUUUUCUUCCCCAAGAUUAUCAUGAAACUUUAAUCAAUUUCUCAUCAUCAACAAUCAGUUCAUUUAUUUUGUGAACAAUCUUCAAGAAACCCCAGAAAAAUGGCGCACGCCGUGUUUCAAGCAGCUCAAAUUAUGCCCAUGAACACCCAAAUUCCACCUAACAAGCCUAUCUUCACAAAACCCACGUUUUUACCGAUGAAUUCUUCAUACUCAGUUGUUGGAAAAUCAAGGAAGUCAUGGUUUAUCAGGGAUUCUUUAAGCCCUCUUCCUGCCUCUGUUGAUGGGGACUCUUCAAUUGGUCAUUUAGAGCGCUGCUUAAGCGCUUCCCCAGUUCCUGCGGAUUCGGGUUUGGCUUCGGCGGCAUCAUCGUCUUCGGGGAUGUUUGCUCCGUCUAUGAAGGGGAAGUUUGGAGCUUUUGGUGCUGUUACUUUGGAGAAGUCUAAACUUGAUAUGACUCAGAAGCAAACCCUAUCUAGCCCUGAGUUAGCAACAGGUGGAGGUGGUGGUGACAUUGGAAAAAGGAUCAAUAAUGGUGGUGGAGAUGGUGGUGAUGAUGGUGGAGAUGAUGAUGACUACUUUGAUGACUUUGAGGAUGGCGAUGAAGGAGACGAGGGGGGGAUUUUCAGGAGGCGGAUUGUUUUGCAAGAGCUAUUUGAUCGAAAAUUUCUAGAUGCAGUACUAAAUGAGUGGCAGAAGACGAUAAUGGAUCUUCCAGCUGGAAUCAGGCAAGCUUUUGAGAUGGGUUUGGUUAGCUCUGCUCAAGUUGUUAAAUUUUUAGCUAUUAAUGCCAGACCAAACACAGUCAGAACUAUUGCACGUGGCCUUCCUCAGGGAUUAUCAAGAGCAUUUAUUGGGAGGAUGAUUGCAGAUCCAGCUUUCUUAUAUAGACUUCUUUUGGAGCAGGCUACUACCAUUGGCUGCUCAGCUUGGUGGGAGAUAAAGAAUCGCAAGGAUAGGAUAAAGCAAGAGUGGGAUUUAGCUCUUAUCAAUGUAUUGACCGCAGCAGCAUGCAACGCAGUUGUUGUUUGGUCACUUGCACCUUGCCGCUCAUAUGGAAAUACGUUCCAAUUUGAUUUGCAGAAUACAUUGCAAAAGCUCCCGAACAAUGUAUUUGAGAAGAGCUAUCCUCUCAGGGAAUUUGACUUACAAAAGAGAAUUCAUUCAUUUUUCUACAAGGCUGCAGAACUGUGUUUUGUGGGACUUACUGCUGGCGCAGUGCAAGGUGCUCUGUCAAAUCUAUGUGCCAAGAAAAAGAAUGACAGGUUAUCCGUGACAAUGCCAUCUGUUAGGACUAAUGCACUUGGCACCGGUGCCUUCCUUGGGCUUUAUGCUAAUUUGCGUUAUCAGCUGCUAUGUGGUGUUGAUCGAGGAUUAUCCAGCUAUUUUGAUGUUAUUGGAGUAGCGCUAUUUUUCAGCACAGCUCUGAGGAUCUUGAAUGUUCAAGUAGGGGAGACAUCGCGAUUGGCAUGGCUGGGAAUAGAGGCAGAUCCUCUUGUUCAAUCAGACAACCUUUUAAAGGCUUAUAACCGGGCCCCUGAGGCCAAUGUUUCCAAGCAGGAUUCCAGUUGGUUUAUUUCAAAGAAUACCAUUGUCUCAGGACUGGGUUUUCUUGGGCUUCCACAAGGUAAUGGUGAAUCUACCAAAGAAUCAGAUGCUCCCAAGACUAGGAGGAAACGGGUUAUCAGGAAAAAAGUAUCUACAACAGCGUAGGUCUGUCAACAUAAUUUCCAAUUUUGCAGCCAUAAGUAGCUAGCUCUGGAAAGGUAUGCGAAGCUGACCUUCAUAUCACGGGCGGGCCGUUGGUGUGACAAUGGAUCCAGGGCAACCUAAGUGCAACCACAAGAACCUGCAGUUUUAUGAAGUCACCGGAUGGAUAGAGUGUAGAAAGAAAUUGAUAUUGGAGCUGUAAAGGUAGUUUGUGCGAUGACACAAUGUAAACAUAACAACAGCUUAUUAAAGUUUCUUCCUAAGAAUUUUGUUUCUUUUCUUUGUUGUAUUCCAAUACUGCGUUAAAAUUUCAAGGCUCCAGCUGAUGUACCCUUAUUGUUUUACUGUAACCUGCGGACUUGCAGAGGCUGCAGUAGCCAAUUCAUUACAUAAUCAUCCUUUGACUUUCCUAUGCCA